AGAAUUUUUGGAUGCUUCUUGUUUGGAGAAUCUAGCUGCUCUGAUGAUAGCUUAAGAAGACUGCAUGCCAUUUCCUCUAAAUGCCACACCAGGCCCACCUGGAGCCUCGCAUCUCAGUCCUUCAUGGAGACCAGAUCCCAGCAGGAAUGGCAGUGCAGGAAAUUGGCACCCAGACGGAUGCUGCACGUGAAGCUGUCUUGGGCUAUGAGCUGACGUGAGCACACCUGGUAGCCAGACUAGCCCUCUGUCAGUCGCCCAGGGCAGGGCAGCAUGGUGCGGAUUCAGAGGAGGAAGCUUUUGGCAUCUUGCCUGUGCAUCACAGCUACCAUCUUUCUGCUUGUCACACUCCAGGUAGUGGUUGAGCUGGGGAAGUUUGAAAGGAAGAAGUUUAAACAUUCUAAUUUGCAUGAUGGACAUGCAGAAAUGGAGGAAGAGCCCAGAGCUCUCAACCCAUUCCUUAAGAAAGAAGCACUGACCUUGAAUAGGAGAAAACAAUUGGAAAUGGAUAGCUACCCCGUAAUGCUUUGGUGGUCCCCACUGACUGGGGAAACCGGAAGGCUAGGCCAGUGUGGAGCGGACACUUGUUUCUUCACCAUCAACCGGACCUACCUACAUCAUCACAGGACCAGAGCUUUUCUCUUCUAUGAUGUCACAUGAGCACAGAGUUAGAAUGAAUCUUA